GAAGAAUUGAGCGCUCAGUCGAUACAUGUUCAAUGUGUUUAUCUUCAUUUAAAUAUCUCAGCUGAAGAAAGACGUGACGUCACUGGAGACAAAACUGAUGGAGAGAGACGACAGGUUACAGGAGCUGGAAAAGGUUUCCUGUCAAUCUUCAGUGUGUGUGACUGAUGGGACCUCCACAGAAUGUCAGGAUUCAGUGUGGAGCGGCAGAGAUCAGUCCACACCACAGCGACUGCUGGACAAACUCUCUGAACAGAGAUCCAGAGACACACAGGACUCACAGCUCACUUUACUCUGUUCUACUGACGGUAAUCAGGGUGAUCAAACCUCCACAGAGUCUCUGACUUCUGUCUGUAACGCUGGAGAACAGCAGAUGCUGCAGAUACCAGUGAAGAUUGAAGUGAAACUGGAGGAGAUAAAAGAAGAAACCACUGAAGAGGAAAAAAAUAGAGAAGAUGCUGAUUUUAUUUCUUCAGAUCUGAUGGAAUUAAAAGAGGAAAUUCAAGAACUGAAUGAAGUGGAGGAAAAACAUCAGUAUCAGAGUGGCUCAAAGACUAAGAAGAAUUUUACACCAAAAAAGCCUCAAAGAAGAGCAGCCAAAAAUGCAUUCAUCUGCUCUCAGUGUGGAAAGAGUUUCACAUGUAAAAGUCAUCUUAAUAGACACAUGAGAGUUCACACAGGAGAAAGACCAUACAAGUGCAAUCAGUGUGGAAAAAGUUUUUCAUCUGUAUACUAUUUCAAGAAUCAUCUCCGCUUUCACUCUGGAGAAAAAACAUUUGAAUGUGAUCAGUGUGGUAAAACAUUUGUUUUGAAUUCAGUCCUAAAACAACAUCUGAAAACACACACAAAUGAGAAGCCUAAGUGUUCUUUUUGUGGGAAGAGUUUUGCAUGCCUGUCCAAUUUAAAAGAGCAUCAGACAAUACAUACCGGUGAGAGUGCUCAUAUGUGCUCUGAAUGUGGGAAGAUCUUUACAACAGCUGGCAACUUGAAACAGCACCAAAGAAUCCAUACUGGAGAAAAACCUUACAAGUGCUCACACUGUGGAAAGAGUUUCACUCAGUCACAAGACCUGAAAAAACACAAGAGAAUUCAUACUGGAGAUAACCCUUACAAGUGCUCACACUGUGGAAAAAGUUUCACUUUGUCACAAGACCUGAAAAAACACAAGAGAAUCCAUACUGGAGAAAAACCAUACAUUUGCUCACACUGUGGAAAGAGUUUCACUCAGUCACAAACUCUGAAAACACAUGAGAGAAUCCAUACUGGAGAAAAACCAUACAUUUGCUCACACUGUGGAAAGAGUUUCUCUCAGUCACAAAACCUGAAAACACAUGAGAGAAUUCAUACUGGAGAAAAACCUUACAAGUGCUCACACUGUGGAAAGAGUUUCACUCUGUCACAAAACCUGAAAACACAUGAGAGAAUUCAUACUGGAGAAAAACCAUUCCACUGCUCUUCAUGUGGGAAACGUUUAAGAGCAGCAAGUGCUUUAUGGAAACAUGUAAAAAAGAACUGUCAAAGUGAGCAAAAGUCAUCUUCAGUUCCAACAAAAUCAAGUAAAUAGUUGGAAAUUCAAAUAAACACAAAGACCCUGAUACAACACUACAUCACCCAGACAUCUAUUUAAUGUGUGUGUACAUCUGGAAGAAUAAUUUUUUGGGGGAUUGUUUGUUCAACAGCAAUAUUUCUAUAAGAUGUUUCCUCUCGGAUGUCAAUAAGACAUUCAGCAGAUGUCUUUAUGAUGUUUAUGAUUUAGAAUGUUCGUAAAUCUGAUCUUUCUAAGAUGUUCAGCAGAUGUUAACGGGGGGAGUUUUCACACUGGCAGUUUAAUCCAAAUUAGAGCACAGUUCAUUAGAAAGGUUGGUAAUGUGAAAGCUGUAUUGCAGACCAUGAUUCCUAACCCGGGACUACCUUUAGGAGGUUGUCUGAGUUUGUUUGCAAUAGAACUGUGACAUGGUUCGCAUGAGCGAGAAAGCAAACUGUACUCAGGCCAACACUUGUUCAGCAAGUAAAAUAAAUUGUGCAUAUGUUAUUCUGACAUAAGCAUAAUGACAUCAUCAAUUGCACAAAAUGAAACACACACGUGCACCAUGAGUGGAAGGGAACGCUUUUGGACACAAAAGAGACAAGGUGCCUUUUAUAUACAGUGGAUAUAAAAAAGUCUACACACCCCUGUUAAAAUGCCAGGUUCUUGUGAUGUAAAAGAAUGAGACAAAGAUAAAUCAUGUCAGAACUUUUUCCACCUUUAAUGUGACCUAUAAUGUGAACAAUUCUAUUGAAAAACAAACUGAAAUAUUGUGAAAAAACUCACAAUAGCCUGGUUGCAUAAGUUUGCACACCCUCUUAUAACUGGGAUGUGUUCUGUGUUCAGAAUUAUCCAAUCACAUUCAAAGUCAUGUUAAAUAGAAGUCAUUACACACCUGCCAUCAUUUAAAGUGACUCUGAUUAAUCACAAAUACAUUUCAGCUGUUCUAGUAGGAUUUUCCUGACAUUUUCAUAGUUGCAUCUCAGAGCAAAAGCUUUUGUCCGCAGAGAGCAUCAGACAGAUCUCAUUGUUGAAAGAUAUCAGUCAGGAGAAGAGUACAAAAGAAUUUCCAAAGCAUUAUAUAUACCAUGGAACACAGUGAAGACAGUCAACAUCAAGUGGAGAAAAUAUGGCACAACAGAGACAUAACCAAGAACUGGACAUCCCUUCAAAAUUGAUGAAAAGACGAGAAGAAAACUGGUCAGGGAUGCUUCAAAGAGGCCUACAGCAACAUUAAAGUAACUGCAGGAAUUUCUGGCAAGUACUGGCUGUGUGGUACAUGUGACCAUAAUCUCCCAUAUUUUUCAUAUGAAUGGGCUAUGGGGUAGGGUGGCAAGAUGGAAGCCUUUUCUUACAAAGAAAAACAUCCAAGCCCGGCUGAAAAUUGCAAAAACAAACAUCAAGUCUCCCAAAAGCACGUGGGAAAAUGUGUUAUGGUCUGAUGAAACCAAGGUUGGAAUUUUUGGCCAUAAUUCCAAAAGGUAUGUUUGGUGCAAAAACAACACUGCACAUCACCCAAAGAACACCAUACCCACAGUGAAGCAUGGUGGUGGCAGCAUCAUGCUUUGGGGCUGUUUUUCUUCAGCUGGAACUGGGGCCUUAGUCGGGGUGGAGGGAAUUAUGAACAGUUCCAAAUACCAGUCAAUUUUGGCACAAAACCUUCAGGCAUCCGUUAGAAAGCUGAAGAGGAAGUUCACCUUUCAGCAAGACAACAACUCAAAGCACACAUCCAAAUCCACAAAAGCAUGGCUUCACCAGAAUAAGAUUAACGUUUUGGAAUGGCCCAGCCAGAGCCCAGACCUGAAUCCAAUUGAACAUCUGUGGGGUGUUCUGAAGAGGGCUGUGCACAGGAGAUGUCCUCGCAAUCUGACAGAUUUGGAGCACUUUUGCAAAGAAGAGUGGGCAAAUAUUGCCACGUCAAGAUGUGCCAUGCUAAUAGACUCCUACCCAAAAAGAUUGAGUGCUGUAAAAAAAUCAAAAGGUGCUUCAACAAAGUAUUAGUUUAAGGGUGUGCACACUUAUGCAACCAGGUUAUUGUGAGCUUUUUUAUUUUUCCCCUUCAAAGAGUUUAGAUUGUUUUUCAAUUGAAUUGUUCAUGUUAUAGGUCACAUUAA